UUGGCUCCUUGGCUCAAUUCUGCUGGGAGUCGCGUCCUACCUGGCUGGGAGGUGCACUGCCUUUCCACACUCUCCCUUCUGUACUCAGCCAGCUGCUGCUGAGGUGGGAGGAAAAGUCCUGGCUGGGAGAAUUGAGCUAGUGCAACACACGUAGAAAAAGCGGUUCCGAUGGGUCCUUUGAAAGCUUUUCUCUUCUCCCCCUUUCUUCUGCGGAGUCAAAGUAGAGGGGUGAGGUUGGUCUUCUUGUUACUGACCCUGCAUUUGGGAAACUGUGUUGAUAAGGCAGAUGAUGAAGAUGAUGAGGAUUUAACAGUGAACAAAACCUGGGUCUUGGCCCCCAAAAUUCAUGAAGGAGAUAUCACACAAAUUCUGAAUUCAUUGCUUCAAGGCUAUGACAAUAAACUUCGUCCAGAUAUAGGAGUGAGGCCCACAGUAAUUGAAACUGAUGUUUAUGUAAACAGCAUUGGACCAGUUGAUCCAAUUAAUAUGGAAUACACAAUAGAUAUAAUUUUUGCCCAAACCUGGUUUGACAGUCGUUUAAAAUUCAAUAGUACCAUGAAAGUACUUAUGCUUAACAGUAAUAUGGUUGGAAAAAUUUGGAUUCCUGACACUUUCUUCAGAAACUCAAGAAAAUCUGACGCUCACUGGAUAACAACUCCUAAUCGUCUGCUUCGAAUUUGGAAUGAUGGACGAGUUCUAUAUACUCUAAGAUUGACAAUUAAUGCAGAAUGUUAUCUUCAGCUUCAUAACUUUCCUAUGGAUGAACAUUCCUGUCCACUGGAAUUUUCAAGCUAUGGUUACCCUAAAAAUGAAAUUGAGUAUAAGUGGAAAAAGCCCUCCGUAGAAGUGGCUGAUCCUAAAUACUGGAGAUUAUAUCAGUUUGCAUUUGUAGGGUUACGGAACUCAACUGAAAUCUCUCACACAAUCUCUGGGGAUUAUGUUAUCAUGACAAUUUUUUUUGACCUGAGCAGAAGAAUGGGAUAUUUCACUAUUCAGACCUACAUUCCAUGCAUUCUGACAGUUGUUCUUUCUUGGGUGUCUUUUUGGAUCAAUAAAGAUGCAGUGCCUGCAAGAACAUCGUUGGGUAUCACUACAGUUCUGACAAUGACAACCCUAAGUACAAUUGCCAGGAAGUCUUUACCUAAGGUUUCUUAUGUGACUGCGAUGGAUCUCUUUGUUUCUGUUUGUUUCAUUUUUGUUUUUGCAGCCUUGAUGGAAUACGGAACCUUGCAUUAUUUUACCAGCAACAAAAAAGGAAAGACUGCCACUAAAGACAGAAAGCUAAAAAAUAAAGCCUCGAUGACUCCUGGUCUCCAUCCUGGAUCCACUCUGAUUCCAAUGAAUAGUAUUUCUGUGCCGCAAGAAGAUGAUUAUGGGUAUCAGUGUUUGGAGGGCAAAGAUUGUGCCAGCUUCUUCUGUUGCUUUGAAGACUGCAGAACAGGAUCUUGGAGGGAAGGAAGGAUACACAUACGCAUUGCCAAAAUUGACUCUUAUUCUAGAAUAUUUUUCCCAACAGCUUUUGCCCUGUUCAACUUGGUUUAUUGGGUUGGCUAUCUUUACUUAUAAAAUCUACUUCAUAAGCAAAAAUCAAAAGAAGUCUGACUAAAUUCAAUAGAAUCUUUUGUAUUUCAGUAACUUGAAGUUUAAAUUUAAAAUGCAGAAAAAACAAUGGUUAAAAUGUGAAUAGUAUUGUAACUAUUUUAAGGCCUUCAGAAGUAAAUAAAGAAGCAGCUUUCAGGCUAAUUUACGUGAACCGAUUAGUUGCAAAAUCCAGUAGGUUAAAAUACUCACAUAUUUUUACUUAAAUUUUCUUUAAUUUACUUAUAUGUUAUUAUAAUUUUGAAUUUUUAAGUUCCAUGAUUCAUGUUUUAAAGAUGGAAUAAUUUUAAUUCAUAUUUUGUUUAAAUAUAAUCUAUAAUUGUUUUGUAAUGUAAGACUAAUUACUAAUAUUUAUGUAGCAACUUUUGUGCCAGAAAAAAGAUUGUUAAUUUGUUUUUUCUUGCUUUUCAUUUGAUUGCACUGCUUGAAAUACAGUUAGUUGAUAACAUAAAGCCAUAGUUUUCUUGGAUUUUCUUCCAAGAUAUUGUAUUCCCAAGAAGAAAUUUAUUUAUUUUUAAACUAUCAGUUACUGAAAACUUAUGAAAAGGUCAACUUUUAUCUGUCUUUUAAUCCAGUCCAUUUUCUGACACAAUAUUAAACAGAACGCCAGUUACAUUUACUUUGGUGAUUUGCAAACUUGGAAGGAAGCCACCAGUCAUUUUUUAAGAAGGCAAGAUGAAAAAAUCAGGUAAAAUCUAACCAUUUUAUUCUCUGCUUCAUAGCAUUUAUAAUGUAUGAUGAGGUUAACAUUGAAAUAUUAAAAUCUUCAAAUGCACAUUAAUGCAAAUUAAAUGCAGAGAGAAAUUAUUUUUUUCUUUAUGUUUUAUGAAAGUGUUGCAGUCCCUAAAAUAAAAAUAUUGAGGAACAGUGCUUGUAUUUACUCACGUGGUUAAAAAAUUAUUACCUGGCAAACUGAGUUGCAGGUCAUAUUGAGGACAAAAUCUGAAAUAUGUGCUAUUAGCAUUGUUUUUAGACUAGUAAUAUGCAGAAAACAGUUUUAGGCCUGCGUUACAUAUUGCCUCUUUCAGCUCCAAAGUUUUGGACCCUGUCAGUUUUGCAGUUACAUUAUACAUUAUUAUAAUAUUCUUUUUUUUUCUAGAAACUGGGGGCAGCCUCAAAAUCAUGUUAAAGAGGGAGUUUUGUUAGAGACAUCUUUAAUGAACAUGAGUGUGAGAGCUCUCUAAAUUCUUAGCAUCACACUGGAUGUAAAAUCUAUCAGUUAAUAGUUUUAAAAACAUCUCUUUUGUUAAGAAGAGAGUUAAAUUUAGGCUUCAAUCAUUAUAAUCCUAUAAGUAGCUUGACAUAUCUAUUGUUUAUAAGAUUCAUCACAUAAAUUUCUGGAGAACCACUGGGUUCAGCUUGGAAAUAACCUUUAAAGAUUCUUUCUGUUGCCAAGACCAAUGACCAUGAUGAAGAGUUUUAUGAUCACGGCCUAUCUUACUUAAGGUUUGAGAGGGAACCUGUCACCUCUGCAAUUGUCACUCUAGUUUUUGAUGUUAUAAUUCUGCUACAUGGUUAGUGAAUGUCUGGCAUGAUUAUACACAUGUAUUGGAAAUAUCUAGUUUUUUAAUUUUUAGUUAAUUUAUUUAUAGUUUAUCGUGUGUUCCCAGCUAACUCUAAUUUUUUUUUCACUUGCUCAUAAACUUCUGAAAAAAAAUAAGCAUGAAUCAAAUGGUAAUGCCCAAUAUCCACUGACACUGCUUUUUCUUGAAUAAACAGCCAAACUAAACUUUGGCCAUCUAUAUAUUCAUUUACAGAUUAUUCAUACAUGCAUUUUAAUAACAUUGAGUACUGAUGGAUGUUUUCAAAGUGAGCAUUCAUUUAAGGAUAAAUAAAAAAUAAAGUACUCAUAAAGAAUAAAAUACUAAAAUAUCGUAUGGCUAUUUUCAUGUUUGAAGCUAUAGCUUACUUACUAUCAUGAGAUAGUUUUGAUUUUGGGACUCUUUCAAGUGUAUCUGAGCAUGAAUAUAUUUUAAAAUACUUAAAAGUGCUUGAUAUAAAUAGCUUUUCCUUCUGAACCACAGUUCUAUGUAAAAGAAAAAAAUAGCUUUGAUUUUCUCACUGGUGUUUCAUUAACUUGGUUUUAAAUGUUGACAAUAUUUACAAGUGGAAAUAAAAUUUGUAAAUAUAUGAAAGAUGCCUUUCCUUGUAUAUACCAUCAGGCAAGCACUUUGUUUUCAAAGCAAGUGGUACUUUGAUCAGUUUUAUUUAAAUGUGUGAUCAGAAAGAAUGGUGUACAAAUUUUAUUAUUUCUAAAAAUAAGAAUAAAAAGGUGAAACUACAUUUAGACUUCUUUUUCAAGAAAUCAAAUACAGCUUUUUUUCAAAGAUGAUUCAGUUCAUUUCCGGUUCCUCUCUUCCAAGUAUAAGUUUCACUACCUUGAGAAAUAAUUUUUAAAAAAAUCUUCCUCUUUCUCUGGGGAGUUAUAUAAUAAUUUAUUGAAUUGAUUGUAACUUGAUUUUCCUGGAUGCUUUCAGUGUUUUUAAUGCUAACAUAGACCCCAAAAUCAGAUAUAAAGAAUUGGGAAGGAUACCUGGAGCACAAGGAAUAGCUUCAUUUGUAAAAAUGUUUGUUUAUAUACAUCUAUCCUCUAAAUAUGUGACCAAGAUCUAGAAAUUCCGAGAGGGGAAAAUGUGAUUUUGGAUUUACAGUGACAGGGUAAUAUUUUAUUUAUCUUUGAAUGCCACGGACAAAAUUAGCCUCACUUAAAUUAAUUUUCGUAAACCCAAGUAAGUUCUAAAAAAAAA